GAGCCGCGGUGGGCGUGGCCGUGGUAGGCUGCAAGCUAGGCUAGGGCAGCGUGGCGGGUGGUUGUGUUGCUCUGGUUCGGUUGUUGCUGUUGCGAUGUUCUUCUCCGAGGCUGUGGCCAGGUCGCGGACGUGGGAAACCAGUCCCUCGGAACACAAGAUGUGGGUGAAAGUAUUUAAAGCAUGUGAUGAAGAUCACAAAGGAUAUCUCAGCAGAGAGGACUUUAAAGUUGCUGUUGUAAUGCUGUUUGGGUAUAAGCCCUCCAAGAUAGAAGUGGAUUCUGUGAUGUCUUCAAUAAAUCCAAAUACUUCUGGUAUAUUACUUGAGGAGUUUUUAAAUAUUGUAAAGAAGAAGAAGGAAGCUCAACGAUAUCGGAAUGAAGUAAGACACAUCUUCACAGCCUUUGACACGUACUAUCGUGGAUUUUUAACUUUGGAAGAUUUCAAAAAAGCAUUUAGGCAGGUGGCUCCCAAAUUACCGGAAAGGACUGUUCUCGAGGUAUUCAGGCCAGGCUCCUGGGAAACAGACUCACAGAUGGAGAUUGAGGCCACUGGAACUUGUCCUCCUGUGUUGAUCAGACCUUGGAUGUGGGCUGCUCCCCAGGGGAGGGGCAUAACCUCGAACAAGGCAACUUUCUUGGCUGAGGGUGAGUCUCAGGAGGUUCUCAGCUGAGAACAGUCAGCAGACAACACUUCCGGCAGCUGGGGGAGCUCAGUGGUACCCGACAGCAUCCACAACAGUGUGUCUCCAUUUUGUGCGUGGUUUUCCCUUUAUAACACACUUUUAAAGAUGAACUGAUUGACUUUUGGUCCAGAUUGCUUCAAAUAAGAGUAUCCUCACUGCUUAUACGUAAUCUCCUGAAGGUCUCAUUGUGUUUGAUCUUCUCUGCAUGUAACAGUUGUCCCAUUUAUGGUAUAACAAGAGUGUGUUCUCAUGAAUCCUGUAAACUUGAUCACAACUAAUAAACAUGUGUGAUGUGUUGGAAGCACAACUGAUGUUAGCACCUCUGUCCACUCCUAAAUACUUUCCAGUAUUUAUUUUGAGAUUCAUGGAACCAACUUCAGAUUUUCUUUUUAAAUUUCCAAAGACUCUUUUGGCAUUUGAUAGUAUCCUUUGGCAGACUCUCCAUUUUUGUACUAGAGGUCAUCCUCCUUCCAUGCCCUAUGACCUGUAGGUCUUUCUCUGCGUGUUCUUCAGUGACUCUUCCAUCUGCUGCAAAUAACUGCCAUCCUUCUUCCUGUUUAGCCUUUUGCCUUAGACUCAUGUCUCUUUAUGAUGACCCCAAGGCUCCUGACUUGAAUGAUGGCCAAUCUCCAGAAUGUCUGAAUUUCAUUUUGGGAUAUAGUCUUCCAAAUAAAUCCAGAUUUGUUUUUUGUUUCUCUCAGCUUGCUUUGCCCCAAAUUGCCAAUGCUAAAGGGGAAGUCUGAAUCCCUUUGCCAGUGUGACCAUAAAUGUAGCACAGAGAUCCUAUGAUUAUCCUAUAGUGUCUGUUUUCCUUGAGCAUCUUAGCAUGUGCUGACGUUUUAGUAAGAAUACUAUUCAGUCUCAUUUAUGCUUAGCCCUUCAUUUAGCCAAGUUUUGUUGUUUCCUUGGUUUCAAAUGUUAUCUCUUUAUGUGAACUGGGAGCUGAAGCCUUUCAUUUGACUUGUGAUCUUAUACAUUCUGGAAGCUCAUACAUGUAAUCGUGGAACAAAUAAAGCAGCUGGAGGAAAUCUUUUCUGAACAAAACCCAAGUGGGGCAUUUGGGUGCAAGCCAAGAUUUCAGCAGCCACAGAGAGAGAUGUACAAAGGCUGCCUAUAUUACAAAGCCAACAAAUCACUCCUGGCCAAAUAGAAAUGUCCUAUAGGUAAUGGCUGGAUAGAGGGUAAGGGACCUUUACACAUUUAAUUACCUGACCACAAAAUAAAGUGUUUACUGUAACCUUCCAAGGGCUCUCCACUAAGUUAAUUCCUAUACUAUAACUAAAGGUAGAGGAACACUGUAACUCAGUAGAUGAGCAACAAAUUGGAAUUAGAGUCUGCUCAGUCUAGGCCUCCCACUAAAUUGUUGUGUGGUCCUAGGCAAGAUACUGAGUGUUUAACUUCGUAGGGUUCAGUUUCUCCAUCCAAAAUUAGAAGUUGGAAUAUAAAUUUAACUUUAUAUUUAUAUAAAAGAAUCCUAAGAAUCCACUAAGCAACUAAUAACAAAUGAACUCCUGUAGAAUGAAAUCCCAUAUUCACUUCCUCUUUUCCCCUUUUUAGAGGAGAAAGUUUCAUGUCUUGCAGUGAUCAAAUAAUUAAGUAAAAUUUCACUGGACUUUUUUGACAGGAUUGGUUGUUUAUUCAUUAAUUCAAUACACACACAUACAUACAUUCUCUGGACUUACACAUACCAAAGCAAGGACUUAGAAUGGAGGUAGGUUUAAAACAAAUGUGAAGGAGUUUCCUAAGUUUUUAAUCAUUUAUUAGUUCGUGCAGGCAAUGUUAACAAUUACGCAGAGCAGCGCCUCUCAAACUUUAUGUGCAUAAGAAUCAACUGGAAGGCCUUUAAAAUGUCCUUCCUGGGCUUCCUCCUCAGAGUUUCUGAUUCGGUAGACAUUGUGGUGGGGCCUCAAAUUAACAUCUAACAAGUUCCCGUGUGAUACUGCUGGUGUGCAGACCAUACUUUGGGUCACACAGUCUAGAAACAUUUAGGAUGCCAAGGUGAGGAAGUCACAUGGUGUCUAUAAGGCAGGUAGGAUUAAUAGUAAUACUCCACAGUGUGCUAAUAUUAAUUAUACUGUAUCACAGUGUGUGUAUGCACAGGACUAUGUGUUUUGAAAUCAUUUCAGAGAAUAUAGAACGUGCAGAAGCUUAAGAGAACUGAAACCACAUGACACAUUCAGGAACAUGAAGCUUGCAUUACUGCAGCAAAGGGCAUGUGGCUGGGCGGGAGGCAGGGGGUAGUGUCAGAGGGGUGGGGAGGAGAAGAACAUGUGGCAGAGGAGAUGCCAAGAUCUAGGUAGCACUCUGAUGGUAAUGAGGGGGCUUGUGUGCCCUUAGAGACUUGAUUGCUUUCCUAACCUGAUAACAAAAGGAAUGGGACAGAGAAAAUAAAAGAUUCACUAGAGUUCUCAAGGUGGUAGAGUUAACGAUAGCAUAGAAUUUAGCUAAAUAUAAUCUAGUUAACCCAAUAAUCCUGCUGAAAUUACACUUCAGUUGAAAGUUAAUCUCUUGGGUAUCUGGUUUCUUCAUUUCUGGUAAUUUUGGUGCACCAUAUGAUGACUUAUGUGUUCUUAAGUAUUACUUGUCUUCCAUUAUUUUCUAGGUUUUCCAUCCAAGGAAUAGUCAGCCAGUAAUCCUUGUCCAAAAUUGAUUAUAAUAAUGAACAAGUUGAAUACCAAAAUCUUAACAAUAAAGGUAUCUUACAAAAAAAAAAAAAAACAGAUUUUCUUAUUACAAAAGCAAUGCAUACUUAUUACAGAAGCUACAUAUGGGCAAAGAAACCUCACACAAUCCCACUCACAUUUAUAAAACCACUGCAAAACCCCCAGACACUAACUUCUUAGAGCCUUUUCCAUGUAUAUGUGCCUACUUCCCUACCAAAAUAGUUUACACCAUGUACAUUUUGAAAACCAGCGCAGUUCAUUUACACAAUCGGCCAAGCUUUGGACAUUUGUUACUCUUCCAAUCUAAUUCCCAUUGUUUCACAUUUAGUCUGUUCCAAGUAAUUUCCCAUGGCUGAUGCCUAAACUGAAUAUUAAUGGCCAGGAGUCAGCCAGGCAAAGACGGUGGUGUGGUGGGAUAGACAUUCUAGGCCUAAGUACUGCCUGCACACAGGCCUAGAAGUGAAGCAACCAUAGCAUUUGUGAGAACAGAAGGAUAUGCAGUAAGGCUGGACCAUGGAGGGUGAUGGGUAAUAGGAGCGGAGCAUCACAAGAUUAAAACCUUACAACUAAUAGCCUACAGUUGGAUAUCCAGGGGACUAAUUGACCAAAAUUUAUUUAGGGAAAAAUUAGAGAAAAAAAGGACAAAAAGAGAAAAAAUCUACAGCCUGUCAAUGAACAUUAUUCCUUUUCAACCAAAAUGUUUUAUUUUUAUUUAUUUAUUUUUUCUUGAGACAGAGUCUCACUCUGUCACCCAGGCUGG